AGCACGAGAUUGACAACUAAAUGCGUUUGAUAUACGAAACUUUUCUAGACUCAAUUCCUUCUGCUUAUUACAUUAAUUACUCAAUUUCCAAUGCUGAAUUCCCCCUCUCCAUCUUUCUCUCUGGAUCUCUUUCAAAUGGAAAUUACGAAACCUUCCAAGUCCGACCGACGUCGUUUCAUUCUUUCUUCUAUUUUCUUUAUCUUUUUCCUCUGCGUCUUGGCCUCCAUCAACGAAGCCCGUUUCGAUGCCCUCUUGAAGUUCGGCCGAUGCACCGUCGCCGGCGCCACUGCUUAUUCCCCUACGACGCCGCCGUUUAAUUCCUCCGACGGCAGCCUUCUUCCUGUGAAUUCUUCGUCCUCUGCCUCGAACGAUACGGAUAUCCGUAUUCUCAUCGGCAUUCUGACUCUGCCCGAUCAGUACAAUCGCCGCCACUUCCUCCGUCUAAUUUACGGCACGCAAUCCCCCGCCGGAGCCAAAAUCGACAUUAAAUUCGUCUUCUGCAACUUGACGAAAGAGGAUCAGAGGAUUCUGGUGGCGUUGGAGAUAAUGCGGUACGACGACAUCAUAAUCCUCAAUUGCAAGGAGAAUAUGAACAAAGGCAAGACCUACACCUACUUCUCCAGCCUACCGGAAAUCUUCAACGGCGGUGGCGGAUCUGAUCAGCCGCCGUACCACUACGUGAUGAAAGCCGACGACGACACUUACAUCCGGCUGGACAGCCUGGCGGAAUCGCUCCGGCCACUGCCGAGAGAGGAUCUGUACUACGGAUACGUGAUUCCGUGUCCGAGUAUGGAUCCGUUCGUGAACUACAUGUCGGGAAUGGGAUACUUGAUUUCGUGGGAUCUGGUGGAGUGGAUCAGAGAAUCGGAGGUUCCGAAGACGCAUUUGGAAGGGCCGGAGGACAGAGUAUUCGGAGAAUGGAUCAGAGACGGCCGACGAGCGAAGAAUCGGUUCAAUGCGAAGUGGUCCAUGUACAAUUAUCCGGAGCCGCCGACGAGAUGCACUCACGAGCUCUGGCCGGAGACGAUCGCCGUUCAUCUGCUGAAGAAUCAGGAAAAAUGGAUUCGUACCUUGAAGUAUUUCAAUGUCACUAACUGCUACAAUUGCUUCAGUGAGAGUUGCAGCCAGUAUUGGAAAUGGUUCUCUAUCCCUGUAGGGAUGGAAUGA